GAGAGAGAGUCAGUGGAGUGUAGAAACAUUAGAGUUGCACACACAACAACAAACAACAAACACAAGUAGACCUCAUAGUCACAAUUGAGACCAAAAUGAAAAUGGUUCAUGGUGCAUUGUUUUUGCUGGCAGCAGUUGCCACGUUGCACGUGUCAUCGGAGGCAGCUGCAGCUCCGCCCCCGGCGACGGCGCUCUCCGCGGCGGCGAGGGAGUUCUUGGAGGCGCACAACCAGGCCAGGGCGGCGGUGGGGGUGGAGCCGCUGCGGUGGAGCGAGCAGGUGGCGAACGUGACGAGCAAGCUGGCGCGGUACCAGCGGGUCAAGACGGGGUGCCAGUUCGCGAACCUGACCGCGGGCAAGUACGGCGCGAACCAGCUCUUGGCGCGUGGCAGCGCGGCGGUGACGCCGCGCAUGGCGGUGGAGGAGUGGGUGAAGCAGAAGCAAUUCUACAACCACGCCGACAACUCCUGCGCCCCCAACCACCGCUGCGGCGUCUACACGCAGGUCGUGUGGAGGAAGUCGGUGGAGCUCGGCUGCGCUCAGGCCACGUGUGUGAAGGAGCAGGCUAGCUUGACCAUUUGUUUCUAUAACCCUCCUGGGAACUACGUUGGAGAAAGCCCAUACUAAAUACUUAUCAUCUCAUGCUUAGAGCUUGUUUGGAUAGAGGUAGAGGUAGAAGUGCUUUUUGAGAGCUUUUCAAAGCUUAUUAAUGACUUGUAUCCAAACAGACCUGCAUGCUUAUCAUGUUUAGCUUCACUAUAUGGAUACAUGCUAGAAGAGUUUUUGAAAGUUUUAUUCCAAAAGACCAUGUCUUGUGAAGUUAAUUAUGCUAAUUUAAUGAGUGAAACUGAUAUCUAUUAUGUAUGUAUCUUGAGAUCAUUAUUAUGUGACCAUGUAUUGGGACUAAUUAUGAAUUGGGUCAUAUAAGGUUUAAUCUCCUGCCA